CUUUGCAGACAUUAGCAGCUACAGCUGCAGAGGAGCUUCCUUGGUCUCCUUUAACAAGCCCCAGCUUGGCACUGGUUUUCCCUCAUCACCGGUGGGACCUGCACCCUCUUGUCACCUGCCCUGGCCUUCCGGGCAGGGCCCAGCCUUGGCUCACCCACCAAGAGUAAUCUUUGGGGCACUGGUCACUAUCCUUUCUCUCUCUAGCUUCUGAUCUGACCAGGGCUCAGAUGGCAAUCCCAGAGGACCCCAAGGAGGUGUCUCUCUCCCAGGGCAUCCGCAUGAUGUUCUAUGCCAUGAAGCCCAAUGAGACCUCCUUCCAAAGCCUGGAAGAGGUGCCUGACUAUGUGAAGCAGGCAACCCCAUUUUUCAUUUCCCUGAUACUGCUUGAGCUGGCCCUCAGCUGGAUCCUCAAAGGGAAGCCAGCAGGACGAGUGGAUGAUGCUUUAACCUCCAUCUCGGCCGGUGUCUUAUCUCGACUUCCAAGACUCUUUUUCCGGAGUAUUGAGUUGUCUGCUUAUAUUUAUGUCUGGGAGAAUUAUAGACUCUUCGAACUGCCUUGGGAUUCUCUAUGGACAUGGUAUUUGACCUUCUUAGGAGUUGACCUUGGCUACUAUUGGUUUCAUCGCAUGGCUCAUGAGGUCAACAUCAUGUGGGCAGCACACCAGACACAUCACAGCUCUGAAGAUUACAACUUAUCCACUGCACUGAGACAAUCUGUCUUCCAAAUUUAUACAUCCUGGAUCUUUUACUGUCCCCUGGCACUCAUCAUCCCUCCUCCGAUGUAUGCUGUCCACCUCGAGCUCAAUCUUCUCUACCAGUUUUGGAUACACACUGAGAUCAUUGAAAGCCUUGGACCUUUGGAACUUAUUCUCAACACUCCAAGCCAUCAUCGGGUUCACCACGGCAGAAAUCCAUAUUGUAUAGACAAAAAUUUUGCUGGAACCCUUAUUAUUUGGGAUAGAAUUUUUGGUACGUUUGAAGCAGAAAAUGAAAAGGUUUCAUAUGGUCUCACCCAUCCCAUUAACACUUUUGAACCAAUCAAAGUACAGUUUCAUCACUUGCAUUAUAUUUGGGCCACAUUUUGGACCACACCUGGCUUCUGGAACAAGUUGUCUGUCCUAUUCAAAGGACCAGGAUGGAGUCCUGGAAAACCUAGACUUGGUCUUCUUGAGGAAAUCCCCAAGGUCACAGGAAAAGAAGUCCUUUAUGCUACUCAGGUCUCUGGUUCACUCCAGCUGUAUGCCCUUGUGCAAUUUGCUCUGAUGCUUGGCUUUUAUGAAGACACAUUAGCUGACCAAGGCGCAUUAUCACAGGCCACUCUCUUCCUGAGAACGGGCUACAUCAUUCUCACGCUGACCUCCAUUGGAUUCCUUAUGGAUCAAAGGCCUCAAGCACCCAUUGUGGAAACCAUCCGGUGCUCAGUGUUUCUAAUACUGCAUAAGUUGAAUUAUUUGAAGCCCUUCAUUCCUUCACUGACAUAUGCUUUGGAGAUUUUAUUUUCUAUCUGCACCACCUACUGGGGAAUAAGAAGCAUGAGACAACUUGCCUCAGACCAUCCAAAGCAGCCCUGAGAGAUGUCUAAGACCUUCUAUAUCAACCAGAAAGAGGGCGGCAAUGAAGGGCUGAUUAUAACCCAGUAGCAGAUGCCAACGAUUCAACGCAGAAGUAAUUCAGUACUUAAACCUUGGAUAUACCCUUUAUAUCCAAGGGUUUGGAAGAUUUACUCCAAUGGUCAUUAACUUUGACUUAGUAUUUUGAUUAAUUAUUGUUGAUUACUAUUAGAAUCUGAUGUGAUUCUUUUCAUAUCAACUUUGAAUUCAAUACUAUGACCCCAUCCUUUUAAAUAUAUCCUUUGUUGUCACUUUUCAAUUAGGCUACGAGUGCAACUAUUUAUGUAAAAAUUUCAGAUUUUACUUGUGAUGUCUUAUUAACAGAUGCUGCUUUUCCUUUGGAAUUUAUUGGUCCCACCUAUCUGGGACCACAAACAUGGAAUUACAAGAAGAACUGAAUAGUUAACCUAAGGAACAUUUUCCUCUUACAAGCACAUGAUGUGCUUCCUUUGGAAGAAUCAUGGUUGACUUGGAAAUCAGAGCAGCAUCAGUUUUGAGCUACCAGAGAGCUGAAAGGGCCUGGUUGAACCUUGUCAUUAUUGGAUCAGUCUUUGGUGUUUAAUUGAAAUUGAAUCAAUAUCUGCUUAUCUGCUUGCUUGAAGAAAUGCAAACCCAGAGAUGAAGGGAUUUUCCAAGAUUAUAUCUAUAAUAAUAAGAAAGGCAGGAUUCGAAACCAGGUUUCCUGAUUUUCAAUUUACUAUCCCUUCCUCUGUACCAUGCUAACUGAAUGCAAACACAGAGAAGCAUGGUGUAUUCAGGCAGCAAGAUCAUAAUAAUGCAAUUGACAAUCAGCAACAUCAUUUAUGUAGAACUUAAAACUUUGCAAGGAUAUACACACAGACUAUAUCUCUAUCUCUAUCGAUCUAUAUCAAUCUACAUCUCUAUCCAUAUUAUCUAUAUCUAUCUAUCACAUCAGUAUUCCAGACAGCCCAGAAGACUGAAGUGACUCAUAACAUUCUGAUUCACAAACAUAACUAGAAAAUAUUUCCAAAGGAGAAAUUCCUUAUGUCAAUGUAAUUUGAGAUCUGAGACAAUUGGAACAAGUGAAGACAUAAGGAAGCAUUUAAACAAACAAAUGAAUAAAUAAGUAAAUAGUGUAUUAAUAAGUGAAUAAAAGUACAAUGAAAAAAGAUGGACAAAUAAAGCAACCAAUAAGCCAGCAAAAAAUAAAUGAAUGUUAGAACAGAAUCAUUAGUGACUUUCCCAAAUGAAUAUGGGCAGCCUGUUGGAUUCCACUUCUGAAGAGCUUUCUGGUGGCUCCAUGUUGUUAUAAUUUGUGGAAAUAAAGGUAAAUGGCACAGUA